ACUGCCACUGCCACUCCACAGAGUGAGAGAGAGUCCUGUUUCUGGUCCUGCUGCUGCCACCCGCACAGUCGAAAAUAAUACCCAGAUACAAAUUAAGGUCGCUCAGCGGCAGCGCAUAAAACAGGAACAACAAUCCAGAGGGAUACACGGGGACAACACAGUGCAGAAGUUUCUACCUGAGGAGAGGAGAGUAUAUUAGAGCCCAGGACAACUACGGGAUCCGGGAUCCUUACACAAAAGGAUAUCCAGCAGGGGAGCAGCGCAGAGCACAUACACACAAAGGCCGUAAAACAUUUUGGGCUGCUGCAGGUCGUUGGUCCUCCUCCUCCCGGCUCUCUGUCGGCUCGUAAAUUUUCAACCCAACCAAGCAACCAGCCAACACCAACACCAACCCCCCCCAACCAACAACAGAAAGAGCCGAAAUAUCCAAGCCAAGCAGUAACUGCAUCUACGGCUAACCAGCAAAAGGAAAAUAAAUAUAUAUAUAGUGGAGUGUAUAUAUAAAUAUUCGAGCAGAGAUGGCGGGCAACAUUGUCAAAUGGUGGAAGCAUAAAAUACUCGGCGGCUACAAACAAUUCUCAGUCCAGGAAUGCACCACAGACUCCGAGGAGCUGAUGUAUCACCAGGUGCGUGCCUCCUCCUCGUGCAGCGCCCCGCCCGACCUGCUGCUGGUCAGCGAACGUGACAAUAAUAUACAACUGCGAUCGCCAGUGGUUAAUAUAAUCACCACACCGCCGGGCAAUGCCUCCGGUGCGGCUGGCAACAAGCAGCAGCUGCAACAGCAGGCGCACCAGCAUCACCAGGCGCUGCCCCAUACCCACGCCAGCAGGCAUCACCAUCAGCAUCCCAUGCAGCUGCCGCAGGACAUGAGCAGUAGUGGCAGCCACACGAAGCAUUUGCGCAUCAGCAGCAGCUCCGGGGGCAAGCAUGGCAAAUAUGCAAAUAUGCAACAGCAGACGGUGACGGCGACGGCGACAGGCGUCGAUGAGGAUGUGGUCGAUGCGGCAGCAGCAGCGGCCCAGCCCACAGGCCAACAGCAUCAGCAGCAACAUUCGCGGCACUUGCACCACCACAAGGAGGAGCGCAUCCGUUUGGAGGAAUUCACCUGCGACGUAUCCGUUGAGGGUGGCAAAUCCUCGCAGCCGUUGCAAUUCUCGUUCACGUUCUACGAUCUGGAUGGGCAUCAUGGCAAGAUAACAAAGGACGACAUUGUGGGCAUUGUGUAUACCAUAUACGAGUCCAUUGGCAAGUCCGUGGUGGUGCCCCACUGUGGCAGCAAGACAAUCAAUGUGCGCCUCACCGUCAGUCCCGAGGGUAAAUCGAAAUCCGCACAACAGCCGUCCAUGGAUGGUGUGCCCCUGCCCGCGGCAGCAUUCGGCGGCAGCAACAACAACAACAACAGUAACAGCAACAGCAACAACAACAACAACAAACUGAAGAAGUUGCCCAUGGGACUGGCAGCAGCCAUGGCGAAACAAGUGAACGGCGGAGCAGCGCUAACGACAUCCGCCGGCACACGCCGCCAGCAUCGGUAUCGACCGCGCAAACUGAUUAAGUCCGAUGACGAGGACGAUGACAGCAACAGCGACAAGGAGAAGGAUGCACAUACACUGGCUGCAGCAGCAGCAGACCAGCAGCCAAGUGGGAGUGGCACCAAGGGCGGUGCUGGUGGCAGCAGGAGCCAUCAUAGUCAUGGCAGAUAUCACCAACAGAAGAGCAGCGCCAAAUUGGAGCAGUGCUGUGGGGCUGCGGAGCAGCAAACGCCGGACAAUACCUACGAGAAUAUGUUGAAUCUCAAACAGGAGCAACAGCCGCAGCAGCAGCAGCAGCAGCAGCAGCAACAGCCGAGUGGCAACGAUGUGGCUGAUUGUCCAUCGCAUCGCCAGCUGCACCAUCAGCGGCAGCAGGACAUCUACAUGAAGCAGGCCACACAGCGCGUGAAGAUGUUGCGGAGGGCGCGCAAACAAAAGUACCAGGAUCACUGCAUGGAGACGCGACAGCGCAGCCUCUCGGUGGGCAAUGAUGCCAAUUGGCUGAACCGCCAUUUGCCACAGUCGCAGCAGCAGCAGCAGCCACAGGCGGCACAUAAGAGUGCCUCGGUGUCGCCACCACCACACAGUGGCGCGGAGAUAAUGCUGGAUGGAGUGCAGCUGCGUCAGCCACGUCACCACCAUCAUCAAUCCCAGUCCCAAUCCCAAUCCCAUCAGCAGCAGCGCAAGUCCGCCGAGUGCUGGAAAUCGGCGCUGAAUCGAAACGAUUUGAUUAGCAUCAUCAGGGAGAGCAUGGAGAAGAAUCGUCUGUGUUUUCAGCUGAAUGGAAAACCCCAAGCCAAUGUGAGUCCCAUACGGCAACCGGCAGCACAACAACAACAACAACAACAGCAACGCCAACGCUCCAGUACGGGAUCGAAAAUUCCAACACUAAUUGCCAACCACAGUCCUGCCGCCCAGUCUCCGGUCAGCUGCAGUCCACCCUGCAGCCAUCCGGCAGCAGCCACCUGCAUUCCGUCGUCAGCACAGGCAGCGCCACCGGCGGCCAUCGAGGGGCCAGGUCAUCAUCACGACCAUCCCCAACCGCACAUACCCAUCUACCAUCAGCAGCUGGCAAUUAAUCCGGCCGUGCUGGCCGCCCAGCACAGUCACAACAGUGCCCACAACAAGCUAAAUCUCUGUGGCUACGAUUCGUUCCUUCAUGCCACAAUCUGUGGCGGCGGCUCGGCCGCCCACUCGCCACCACCGACGCCCAGCAAUGUGGCCACUGUGCAGCCCAUACCCAAGAAAAGUCACAAUCAGAAGAGCCUGCUGCAAGGCUACCAGCGACUGGAGCAGCAGCAGCAGCAGCGAUCCAGCAAGGACUACAAGAACUACGGCAAUCUCAUCUAUGCUAAGCUGAGCGAACAGCUGCAGCAGAAGGAGCGGGAGCAGCGCAGACAUCGCCACAAGCAGCAACAGCAGCAGCUGCAGCAGCAGAACCAACAGCAGCAGCCACUGAAACCCAAGGAGGAAUCUCUACCAGAGCAGGAGCAGCAGCAGCAGCGUUUGCCAACCUCGAGCUCCAGCUCGACGGGUUCCAAGAUCUUUGGCGAUGCCUUGGAGUGCGCCCAUCUGCUGGCCAGCGAGGAGGAGGAUCUGCCGGCCAGCCUACCGCUGACCAGCACACCCAGCAAGGUCGUCAGCACCGACACCCUCAUUGAUCUGAAUGACGAUGUGGGCGAGGCUGUGGCCGAGGCCGUCACCGAGGGUGGCAAGGUGUUGGAGGUCGAUGAAGAGGCGCACCAAGAGGUGGAGCUGGACACCAGUGUCUCCAGCUCGAUGAUUCAUCGCUAUGUGCACGAGCACAUUCACCAUCACUACCAUCACUUCAAGGAGCAGCAGGAUGUGUGAGGGAAAACCCCAAGUAAAAACUAAACCCACAACUAGAACGAAUGAAACUAAAAACUAUUUGAAUGUUGCUUAUGUUUUCACUCUAAAUGAAUUAAUAAGUAGCGCCAAUUGUAAUUUAAUGUUAGAAUUUAUCAUCCAAAAAAUUAUUCGAAUCAAACAAAACAAUAUUAGAGUCCGGGUUGGAACCAUCCAUGUCUGGAACCACUUGAACCUUUGCCCCAUGGGCAUGUGGGUAUAUUAUCGUAUAUAGACUAGCCUUUCUAUAGCUUAUGCAAAACAAAACAAAAAACCAAAAUUAAAAUGCGCCUUUUGCCUUGGCAACAAAUCACCGCUUUUUGCUAUGCUAAUCGACCUAGCAACAUGUUGCAGCAACACAUAUCACGUAUCAAAGCGCGCUGGCAGCAUGUUGCGCCCAAGCAUUUUGUGUUGCUGAAUAAAUUUAAAAAACUAAAACUUUGCAAAACAAAAAAAGAAAGCAAAACAAAAAAAAGGAAACUGAAAAUGUGUGGAAAAUGACUCUAUUGUUUAGUGAAAAUUAUUAAAUUAAAUGAAAUUGUUGUCUAUAAUAUGAAAUUUUAUGCAACGCUUUUUAGGUGUAUAGAAAGGAUCAGGAGAGGAGUGGAGCGAUGUUCUCCUUAAUGCGAAUUUUAAGUUUUCUACCGAUAUCGUGUAUAUUUAUGUUUUACGAAGCCAAUUUAAUUUUAAACACUACUAGAAUUAGUUUCUAACACUAACCGCCAACAAGACAAGCAACAAUGCAACUAAACAAAACAAAACAAGCAAAAAACAAACAAAAACAAAACAAUUUUAG